AUCAUCCAGUACAAGGGAAAGACAGUCAUGCUUGAUGCCGGCCAGCAUCCGGCCUAUGACGGUCUUGCAGCACUACCUUUUUUCGACGACUUUGACCUUAGCACAGUAGAUGUGCUUCUCAUCAGCCAUUUUCAUAUCGACCAUGCCGCGUCACUCCCAUAUGUCCUGGCCAAGACAAACUUUCGCGGUCGCGUGUUCAUGACACACCCUACCAAGGCCAUCUACAAGUGGCUGAUCCAAGACAGUGUUCGGGUUGGCAAUACUUCGUCAAACCCGACCACACAGCUUGUAUACACAGAGCAGGAUCAUCUCAACACAUUUCCCCAGAUUGAGGCAAUCGACUACCACACAACACACACCAUAUCGUCCAUACGGAUCACGCCCUACCCUGCCGGCCAUGUCCUCGGCGCCGCCAUGUUCCUGAUCGAGAUCGCCGGCCUCAAUAUCUUCUUCACCGGCGACUAUUCGCGGGAACAGGACCGCCAUCUGGUGUCAGCCGAGGUUCCCAAGGGCGUCAAGAUUGAUGUCCUUAUCACCGAGUCAACGUACGGUAUCGCGUCCCAUGUCCCGCGUCUGGAGAGGGAACAAGCCCUGAUGAAGUCGAUUACCGGCAUUCUUAACCGGGGUGGCCGAGUUCUCAUGCCCGUCUUUGCCCUAGGUCGCGCACAGGAGCUGCUGCUUAUCCUCGACGAGUACUGGGCCAAGCACAAAGAGUACCAAAAGUUCCCCAUUUACUACGCCAGUAACUUGGCGCGGAAGUGCAUGUUGGUUUACCAAACCUACGUUGGCGCAAUGAACGAUAACAUCAAGCGGCUGUUCCGGGAGCGCAUGGCUGAGGCUGAAGCGUCAGGGGAUAGCGCUGGGAAGGGCGGACCCUGGGACUUCAAAUUCAUCCGCUCUCUCAAGAGCAUCGACCGCUUUGAGGACGUUGGGGGUUGCGUGAUGCUUGCCAGUCCAGGUAUGCUUCAAAACGGCGUGAGCCGAGAGCUUCUCGAGCGGUGGGCGCCGAGCGAAAAGAACGGCGUCAUCAUCACCGGCUACAGUGUCGAAGGGACCAUGGCCAAACAAAUCAUGCAGGAGCCCGAACAGAUUCAGGCAGUCAUGACUAGAAGUGCCGCGGGAGGGAGGCGAGCGCCUGGGGCCGACGCCGAGAAGGUGAUGAUUCCUCGUCGCUGCACCGUUCAGGAGUUCUCAUUUGCCGCGCACGUUGAUGGCACCGAGAACAGGGAAUUUAUCGAGGAGGUCGGCGCUCCUGUGGUAAUUCUCGUUCACGGUGAGGUCCACAACAUGAUGCGUCUGAAGUCCAAGCUUUUAUCCCUGAAUGCGCACAAAACGGAGAAGGUCAAGGUCUUUAGUCCCAAAAACUGCGAAGAAUUGCGCAUCCCAUUCAAGACGGACAAGACGGCCAAGGUAGUUGGCAAGCUAGCGUCAAUACCGCAGCCCAUGAAGAUGCCCAAGGAUGGCAAUUCUACCCAGGAGCCGCAGCUCAUCACCGGUGUUUUGGUCCAAAACGACUUCAAAAUGUCGCUGAUGGCGCCCGAGGACCUUCGUGAAUAUGCCGGCCUCACGACGACGACCAUCGCCUGCAAGCAACGGCUCAAACUCAGCGCCGCGGGCAUUGAUUUGAUCAAGUGGGGUCUCGAGGGCACGUUUGGCAGCAUCGAGGAGCUGCCCGAGACCAAGAUGCGCCACCAGAACGGUUCGAACGGCGACAGCGUUGCCAACGGCAAGAUGGAGGAAGACGCAGACGAGGAACUCCCAUUUGACGAAGUCGUCGCGGCAUACCUCGUCAUGGGCUGCGUCACGGUUCGGUACCGGAGCAAUGGCGAAGUGGAGCUCGAGUGGGAGGGCAACAUGCUCAACGACGGAAUCGCCGACGCCGUGAUGGCCGUGCUGCUAGGGAUAGAGAGCAGCCCGGCCGCAGUAAAGCGCUCUGCAAGCAAACACGCCCAUUCCCACUCGUACCAGGAUCACGACAACAUGCUAACCCUCCCCCACCGCAACCUCCACGCCAACGUCUCCCCAGAAGAACGCCUCGAACGGCUAAUGAUGUUCCUCGAGGCACAGUUCGGCGCCGACAACGUUUCGCCCAUCGCCGAGCCCAAGCUGCCGCCUCUCACUCCUCCCCACUCGCCGCCAUCAGCCAAACAACAACAACAACAACAUGUAAAGGACGGAAGCCCCGGGGCAGGAGGAACAGGAGACGACGACGGCGGCGCGGCGAUGGACGUGUCCGAUGACGACGAUGAACAGGGCCCCUCCUCGGCGGCGGAAGAAGAAGAAGCGCAGGAGCGGCGGCGGCGCGAGGCCGAGCUGGCCAGACUCCACAGGCUGGGCAUCCCCGUCCCGGGAGUGUUUAUCAAGGUGGACAAGAUGGAGGCGAGCGUGUGGCUCGAGCAACUCGAGGUCGAGAGCAAGAACAAGGUCUUUGCCGACCGAGUGCGUGCCGUCGUCGAGAGGGCCGUUGAGGUCACCGCGCCGCUGUGGGGGUAGUCUCUUAUUCCACUUUUUCUGCUGCUCUCGUUGGUAACGGCUAAACCAAGAUUACCUGAGGGAACGUGGAGGAGGUGGUAUAGCUGUCUGCUGGGGAUACAGACUGUGAAACUCUCGGCUGGGGUGUUGAGGGCGGGGGCUAGUAUUUCGGUCUCUUCUUGCCCGUUUAUAUUGUACUUCUAAGGCGGUUGGGUAGGAUCAUCUAGGUCGGGGGUUCUAUUCCUCACCGUUGAUUUAUACAGGCUUUGGUCUGUCUGUCAUCCACCGAAUGUUUUAGAUCAAGGUAGCAUCACCAAAUAAAGCGAUGCACGGGCAAGCAGUCUCUCUCAG